CAAAGGCUGAGGUUGGACAGCGCAUGACUGAGGGAAGGAACAGUGAGUGCUUUAAGGGAGGUAUCUAAUCUCAUUCCCAUAAAGCUUCCCACAUCCAUUUCACAGAGGAGGAAACCGAGCUCCAGGAGGGGAGUCCUUUACACCAGGGCAGCCAGCUGUGGGGGUGGAGCUGGGAUUUGAACAAGAGUGUGGUGCCAGGGCUAGCAUCCCUUUGAAGUCUCUAACAACAGGCCAGGCCUCUGCCAGACUGGGAGGAAACGGAGGCCUUCCCAGCCCUGGUGGACCUGCCCAGGGCUAGGCUAUGCUGGUCUUGAAGGCACAGGCAUCCAUCAUCCAGGGUGACUUCCAGUCUCCUGGUUGGUGAGGACUGCACAGAACUUUGGAGGAGGACAGGUUAGGCUCCGCUCAUGAGGUGGCCGAGGAGGACAUGGCAUUCUCAUUUGCCUGUCCUUCCACAUGGCCAACUUCUGCUGGCCCUCCCACAGCCCUUGAAGGCUGCACAUUCCCGUUCCUCAUGGACAGAAGUGGACACAGGCUCAGAGGCCAGAAGUACUACCCCAGGCCACAUGAUUCAGCUGGUCACCGUGUCUUCCCUGAACCUGCACGAUUCAGACCAAAGCUUUCUCUGGGGCUGGCGUGUGUUACCCAAAGAGGAAAUGUCUCCUUGAAUUUGGUACUCUAGGCACUUCACUCGACUCAUCUUAACUCCAGCCCAGCCCUGUAAAGGAAGUAAGUGAAAGUCACUCCUAUUCACAGCCUGUUCACCCACAUCCACCUAGGUCGUUCUAGGCGAUCAGACACGGGUCUUGUUCUCCAGGAGCUGCUAAUCCGAUGGAGGAGGCUGACCCUUAAACAAAAUCACGACCGUCAGAGAUCAAAGCAAACAGUGCAGGCAAAAGGAGAGCCCAGAUGGAGGGGCCCCUGGGCUGCCAAGGGGCCAAGGGAUGAGCUGGGGCCCUCCUUCCCAAUGGCAUCUCCCCCUGGUCUGGAACUGAAGACACUGAGCAAUGGUCCUCAAGCCCCAAGGAGAUCAGCUCCCCUGGGCCCGGUGGCCCCAUCCAGGGAGGGUGUGGAGAAUGCCUGCUUCUCCUCAGAGGAGCACGAGACCCAUUUCCAGAACCCUGGGAACACGAGACUGGGCAGCUCACCCAGUCCCUCUGGGGGUGUCUCCUCACUGCCCCGAUCCCAGCGGGAUGAUCUGUCCCUGCAUUCAGAGGAGGGGCCAGGCCUGGAGCCCGUGAGUCGCCCGGUGGAUUAUGGCUUUGUUUCCGCCCUUGUUUUCCUGGUGAGUGGGAUCCUUCUGGUGGUGACAGCAUACGCCAUCCCCCGUGAGGCUCGAGUCAAUCCGGACACAGUGACAGCGCGAGAGAUGGAACGACUAGAAAUGUACUACGCCCGCCUAGGCUCCCACUUGGACAAGUGCAUCAUCGCAGGCCUGGGGCUGCUCACGGUGGGCGGCAUGCUCUUGUCGGUGCUGCUCAUGGUCUCCCUGUGCAAGGGCGAGCUGUACCGCCGGAGGACCUUCGUCCCCGGCAGGGGCUCCAGGAAGACCUAUGGCUCCAUUAACCUGCGCAUGAGACAGCUCAAUGGGGAUGGGGGCCAGGCCCUGGUGGAGAAUGAAGUUGUCCAGGUCUCAGAGACUAGCCACACCCUCCAGAGGUCUUAAGUACUCCCACCUUAUCUGGCUGCUUUAGCUCCAGUGCCACAAGAUCUCCCCACACCCGCCCCCCGCCAAGGCCUGGGGUUUCAAACUGAGCUCACAUAGGGGCUUGUGGAAGAAGUACUGGGUACUGGAGGGAGAGCUCGGGGCCCAGCCCAUGCCCCACAUGGGCAAGCAGCCCACUGGUCUGUUUUGUAGCUGAGGUUUUGCAUACGGUUUUGUUUGGAGGAUGGCUUCUGCUGCUAAAAAUACAAAAGUUUGGAAACCGCUGCUCUUGGAGGAUGAGGUUUCUUGGCAUUUCUGAAGACCGGGAGCUGUUUGAAAGGUUGCCCAUCUCGUUCCCUCAUGCCUUGGGAGUGAGGGACCUCUUCUGUCCUUAUCAGCUGAGUGAGGGUGUUGAGGGGUCCCUUUCAGCCCUGACCAUCUAAGGUGGGAGGUGGCUUCAUGAUGAGGGGAAAAGUCAGCAUCAGAGUGACCCCCAGUAGCCCCACUGACUAAACUGUGAUCCUACCCUCACCAGGCCUCAGUUGCCCUGCCUUCAAGUGAGGGGGUUGGACUGGAUGACCCCUGAGGUCCCUCUAGUUCUUCCCUGGGAAUGGGAACCCAGUCUCUGUCUCCAGUCACCCCUCCAGGGGAGGAAGGCAUCCACCAGGCACUAACCAUUCUCCCUGCCACUUUCUGGCCUGACUUCAGGAACCACCACAGCCAGCAGCUCUCAUGGUCUCAGGAAAGAGCUCCCUGGUGGGGUUGGGUUCAGUUCAAAGUUUGCGACAGCCUGGUUUUCGUCUUGGGGUCUAAUUUCCUGCAGUGACACAUUUUUACAAAGCCAAGCGCACAAUAUUCCCCAGUUCUUUGGGCAAGAAGGAUCUUUUACACAGGAAAGGGUGAGGGCUUUAUUGUAUUUCUGUGGGCAUGAUGCAGGCCUUGAUCACCUUCUCCUCAAUAGUAUGUCUCUUGCUCCUGACCUUAUUUGGAUAGCAGGAAAAAAAAUUUUUUAUGUUGAAUUUGUAACCUUAAUCUCCCCCAUAUAGUAGUAAAGUGAAGCCACAGUUUAUUCGGGGGAGAAAUCAGGCACAUUUGGGUGGCCUAGACAUGCUGGCCACAUUGCCAUUUGUUUUCUUCUUAUGAAAUGUUUCUAGGUUCCUGCAGACUCUCUUUAAACUCUUGAUAAGGAAAGGAAGUAGGCCCUGGGGCAAGAAGACAUAGGUGUUUGAGGACUGUGGGGAGGCAUCCUUCAGUCUGAAUGGCCCCAGAGGGCUUCGAGAGCACAUGCCUUCUAAGCCACUGGUGUAGAGACCCUACAGGAGUCAUUUUAGUGAAUCCCCUGCCCAAUGUAGGUCCUACUUACUCCAUCUCAGUUGGCCACAUGGGCCGAGGAUCCUGUUUCUUGGGGAUGGGAGGGUGGGGUGGCCAUGGAGUCUGCAGGGUAGAGAGGCCCUGAUGAGCUGUAACUUGAGCCUUCAGUCCAGUGAGUUGAACAUCUGGGGAGUGUAAUAUCACAGCUUCUAUGACAGAUCAAAUAUCUGCUCCUACUGGUAGGUUUUACCAAGAGCUGAGAGCUAGAGGAAGGCUGGAAGGGACAAGGGUUGUUUAUCUUGGCUUCCCAGAUUUUUGUUGUGGUAUUGAAGGGGUGUGGUUUGAAAAGAGCAAAGCUCCAAGAUGGUAAAAUACUGACAAGUCCUAGGCUUCCGCUGUUGUGUCGCUUUCUCCCAGGCUCCAAGCAGGCACAGCCACAGAACGUGGCAUGGGCUGUUCUAAGUAAACUACAGAGGAUUGGACAUCCCAAAUCAUGGGCUAAGGCUUUUCAAUCCAUAAUGAUAAUAAUAAAAAUAUCAACCAAGUCA